AUGGAAGAUCGAUCGACAGAGAAAGAUCAGUAUGAUGAUCUUGCGUCGUUAUUUUUACCUGAUAUUUUGCAUCCUAUAUCCACCGAAAACAUUAAUGUCAAACAGGAAGAGCUCGAGCAGAGUAGUGAUAUAGGCAAUUUAUUUGGGGGCCAAGACGACUCCACCAAGAGAAAUGACAAUAACGAGAACUUUAGUAAUUUCAUGAGUAACAAUAACUUUAUAAACAACAUUGGAUCCUUAUCGCAAGGAGGAAAUAUUGCAUCGAACGCUGUAAUGAGUGGUCAUAUAAACCAUUACGCCAAUUUCGUCCCAAUAGAAGCAGCAGCUUCUAUUCAACAACUGCAUCAUCCGCUGCACCGUAUGUUUGCACCCCUUAACCAUCAACAUCAGCAGCUAUUUCCAAGUUCGCAUACUCAACCCCAAAACUCCGGAGGUGCUAUGAGAAUGGGGUCACCUUCCAAUGCGGAUUUGAAUUGGUUUUCCAAUCCACCGAGCGGUCUCGAUACUUUUCCCAUGGAUAACAAACAUUUGCAAAGUAUUGACGGGAAUUUUAGAGAAUUUGAUCCUUUUAGUAGCCCAAAUCCAUAUGCGAAUCAAACUAGUGUCACAUCGUCAUUUCCUAGUAUGGAGAGAGGUGCCCCACUGAAAAGUAAUGAAGCAAUUGAUGAAUCCACUACUUUAAAGCAGAAGGAUGUUAAAGACAAAGGUAAGACUAAAAAAAGGGCUAAGAAAUCUAGAGUUACAUCAUCACCUGAAGUGCAUAUUGACUACAAACCUCAUAAAUUAACAAGAUUACUUGAUUUGAAAAAACUGGAGAAUGCUUCCGGUAGUGAUUAUAAAAUUGUUGAUAAAGAUAAUAAUGAGAUUAAAAUGCAAUUUCAGAGCUACUUGACUGGUAGAUUUUUUACAAAUGAUACGGACAAUAAUAAUUACAUCCUUUCCAAGUUAGAAAAUCCGAAUAAUGGGGAAAAAGAUGAUACUAAAAUAUCAAGGGAUCCGAAUAUAAAAAUGGAUCCAAAGGUUAUUUCUUGCUACCGAAGGAAUUACAUACAGAUAUCUAUGAAUAUGAAUUUAUCGGGAUUCUCAAAUGAUGAUGAAGAGAAUAAUAAAGUUUUGAAGCUCCAAACCAAUGAAUAUGGAUAUUCUAUCACACGGGUUAUUAAGUGGUUCAAGGUAGAAAUUUUUGCCAAUACGAAUGUCUCGGAAAUUAGAAAUAUUCCUAUUGUAAUCUAUGAUGAUAACAACCAAAGAGACAAGGAAAGGCCUAAAGAUGAAAUUGAUACCGAUGAAAAUUAUGAUUUUGUAAAUCCGAUUUCCAUUGAUAAAGCUCAAUCAACUAUUACCUUAAACGAAUCGGUUAUUAAGAAUUCUGAGAUAGAUAAUUACUAUACAGUUAAAAAACUACAAUUCAAGAAUGCAACUCCAAAUAAUGGUAACCUAACAUUCCAAAAUUAUUAUCAUCUAAAAAUCAAGGUCAGUGCAAUAGUAGCUGAUUUAUAUUACGAUGAUUAUAUUGAUGAAGAUUAUUCCAGUAAUACAUACAACGAGAGAAACGAAGUUAGUCUAUUUGAAUUGGUAAGUGAACCAAUUAUUGUUAGGGGAAGAAACCCAUCAUUUUACGCUGAUCGUAAAGACAUUUUAAUCAAGGGAAGGUCGAUUAAUUCUAAGGAAAGUUUCAUUAUUGCUGGUCAAGAAACUAAAACAGAAAACGAGGAGGCAAAUUCAAUUGAAGAAAAUGAAGAUCUUCCUGAAGAUGAAGAAGAUGUAGAGAAUGUUCGCGAAGACGAUGAAGAAGAGGAGGACGACGAGACAGAAAAUGAAUCUUCGUCUAAUAAAAGGCUUAAAAGUAACUCUCCGUCAAAAUCGCAAGCGUCUAUCCCUCCAUUGUUAUAUAAUGCGACGUCGUCUUCAUCAAUUAAUCUAAAAUCAAUGUUAGACAAUUCUACAUCAAAAAUAAAUUUGAUUCCACUAAACAAGACGAACAGCAGAUAUAAAUAUUUUCCUAUUUCCAACGUAUAUUAUUUACCACCGAUUAAUGCUGUUUAUUUCCCACAUAGAGCUCAUCAACAAAUGAACAAAGAAUCUGAUGCAACUAAUUCCAAAUCACCAUCUAUAGAAAAUGAUGAUGCAAGCAAUAUGGUAAAUAUUUCAAGCCCUCAACGACGCAAAAAUUCGAAUGUGUAUUUUAGAUAA